ACACACAAAAAACAGAAGUAGCUAGUGUGAAAACAGCAAACACAGAAGUAGAUGUGGAUUUAGGUUUUUCUGAGAAGAUCAUCAAAAUUAAACAACUGCUCAGUAAAUUUAGAUUUCCUGAAAGGAGCAAGGAUAAUCAGACUCAAAAUACAGUACAUUUUCUAAAAGAAGAAGCACAGAAAGCAAUGAGUCUGCAAUACUCGGUCAUGAUGGAGGAGCAGAGGAAAAAGACAGAUAAUAGAGGUAAUAACUUCAACUACGAAUUCUACAAAGUUAUUAGAAAUGAAGACUUGGAGAGCAUAGAGGUUAUGUCAAAGCAGUAUGGGAGCAACGUCCUAAUUGAUGUACAAGGUUAUUUAUCUGGAAGAGUUUUCUGGAAGGGCUGUACCAGCUAUCCCCUUCAUCUGGCUGCAUCUUAUAGAAGACUUAAGAGCAUGCAGAGUUUGCUGUCAACAGGAGCUAACACUGAAACGAAGGACAACUCCGGUAAAACUCCGUUACACUUGGUGAUACCCAGCUGGAUGAGGAGAGAGACCCGGGCAAAGCCUGACUCCAAGUUCGGGACAGUUGUGACUGAAGAGCACAGGCAUGCAGAUGCCUGUUUACGACUUCUCUGUGAGCAUGGUGCCAAUGUCAAUGCACAGGUGGAGGAUCAAAGUCGCCAGACAGUUCUCCACAUAUCGGUGCAUUAUAGGGCGCUGUCUGCUGUCCAGAUCCUGACCAGCUAUGGUGCUGAUGUUAAUGCCUUGGACAGCUAUGGAAAGACGCCUCUGCAUAUGGCUGCAGGGAUGCUAGAUAAAGAUAUUAUCACCAGCUUGAUCAGCCAGGGAGCGGAUAUCAACAUGGGGGUGCAACACUCUGGGAACACUCCUCUGCACCUAGCUGUGGUGGCAGUAGCUACGAAGACCACUAAAACCACUGACAAUGACAUUAGUUGCAUUAUUGAGCUGCUUGAGCAGGGAGCAAAGCCCAAUAUGAUGAACAAGGCUGGAGUGACACCUUUACAAGAGGCAUGCAGCAUGAGGAACGAGGAACUAGUGGAUCUCCUGCUGAGGUACGGAGGCAACAUUAAUAAGCUGAACAAAGCAGGGGAGAACUGCCUGUUCUUGUUCCUGGAUCACAGACCCAAAAUAAAAAAUAGCUCUCUGCUGAUGAAACUCCUCAGCUUGACCUCCCCACUCACAAUCUUUGACCAGAAUGGUCGCCUGCCUUCAACCCUGACACAACCAUGUUUCUUUAAACAGAGAGACCAGUUACUCAGAAUCACUCAGCAGCCAAGGAGACUUGGGGAUAUUUGCAAGUGUGACGUUUAUCUGAAAUAUGUUGGAGGGAGAUAUGUGGAACUGAGAAAAGUCCUGCCUGAGAGCCUGUAUGACUUUGUCUUCAACCACUGGAAGAUUCAACACAUCACCUUCAUGGAAGAUUGUGAAUAAGACAUUUAAAAGAAUCUGUGGUGUAACAUAGCUGGCACAUGUGUUUACAUUUCUGCUGCAAACUCUAAAGACAUCCUGCAUUUAAAACCUCAAACUUACAGUUUACAUCACCUAUAGUGAUCAAAUAAAAUUCAAUAAACCUUA